AUGGACUCUCAGGACUCAACCCUAGUUGGUCGCUCCCUAAAGGGAGGUGGUACAAUGCAACAGUACGCAGAGGCAUUUCGGCGGACGACUACGAGAGUCAAGGUCGACCCCCGUGCUGCAGCCACGACAAUGCCGCAAGAGAACUCCACUGCCCAAUCUAAUUUCCCUGUAGAUGGAACUGGCCACUUGCUACAGGGGAGUUGGAACUCACCCACAAAAUUCGACCGCCUGCGAGAUCUCAGCUUGCUCACAGAGAGAGAUGAAGCAGAAGUGUUUCCUCCACUCCGCCAGGAGAUCACGUAUACACUUCCUACACCGCCAGCCACACAAGAGACAGAACCGGAAUUUUGGCACCCUACAAAUCCAUCCACCAUCGCUGCCAGAAGACACCCAGUUGCAGAAACUUUCCUCGGGGGUGAUACCCUUCCAAGGCAGUUGAUCUCUCGGUUGAAUGCCAGCGACGUACGCCUUCUUGCUGGAGAGACGGAACAGCUCACAGCUCCCUUUGUGAGAGUGGAAGGAACAUCUGAAAAAUACCGUUUCUUUCCGGCAUCUGAGGAAUUGCCUUUAUCUGGUCUCUGGCACGAUCCUCCCCUUUUUAGUGACGCUGGAAAGGGUCAAACCGCCUUAAAGUUCAAGCCGAAGGAGCCGUUGGGAACUACGAACAGCAACACAAGAUCGUUACCGCCGGAUCCUUCGGGACUUCCGAUGGUCCCCCCACGCCCUAUAUCGCUGUCUGAGCAGCAAGUUAAAACAGCACCAAGAGCGGCAAUGCAGUACACACCGGAAGACAUAACAGUCUAUCCAGGAGGAAUCCCAGUGGAGAAUGUAGUAGACAUCCAGGAAAAAGCCCUUUUUAAGUCGUUCGAACAGCUUUCUCAAGACUCGGUCGUUGAAAAUCUCAUGCUUGAAGCGGUGAGACCAGGGUUCAAAAGGGGGGCGAUACAGCAACUCCAGCAGCCUACUGACAUGCAAUGGAGGGAGCAGCAGCACUGGGAGAAAACGAGAGCAAAGAAGGCAGAAGGAGAGGCGGUAGUUCCGGCUGAGCCACCUACGAAAACCGAGAGGGCAGCGCAAACGAGCGGCAAGAAGGUUACAUUUGAUUUACCAAGCUCUUCUUCACCGCAGCAGAUGAGUUCCAGUGGAACGAACUACGCCGAGGGCGAGCUAGAGCAACUAACGGAACGUCUCCAUCAGAUCCAGCACGCGAACCAAUCUCAUGAGACUCAAAAACGAGCAGACGUUAGCGGCGUCGUGCCGGGGUCAGCAUCUGAUGGGCUGUUGAAGGGUACCCACGAGUCUACCGGUGAUACGUUCGUGAACGAGCUCAUAUCACGGUGUUCUUUAAAGUUGAGAACUCUGAGUGGCGACACAAAGUUUUCUUCAGUCGAGCCCAAGCCUCGCAACUCGACUGUUGCGCCUAAAGAGAUAACUCGCCCUUCUCGCUUGUUAAAAGACAUCGAGGCUGUAGAGAUCCGCAGGAACCAGAGGGGCGGAAGCAAACCGGGGGUAGAGGGAAACCGUUCAGGACAGCAUAAAGCCGGUUCCACCCUUUAUUUGCCGCAGCCGACGGAAGAACCGAUAUCUCUUAAAUGCUCAAAAGACGUGGACGAAGAGUCUUUUGUAAGUGAAGAAGAAGCAGUUGAACACAUUCAUGACACUGUCAUUGAUCCUAUGGAUAAACCGUCCUAUGAGGUAUAUCACAGCACGCCUACACCACCGGAAGACCUUGUCGACGCAACCCCGACUUUGGAUGAGCUGACACGAAACUUCCUGCCCACCACAGGGUACCCUCAUGAUGCGAACAACAACGACUACCCUGCUGCAGUCCCUGCGUUUGUUUCCCGCCUAUCAAAAUCUCGAGAUAGCCGAAUGUCAGUGCCACCUGCCGCAGCAGUUCUGCAUGCCAUCCCGAAAGAGUCGGACGCUUGUUCAAUAGUUCAGGCAAUGCCUACGGAUCCGCGGUCGGGGGCUUCCCAAAUCACGGAAGUUGCGCUUGCAAACAUGAGUGGGAAAGAAAUUAGGAACGUUGAGGAGCUUGUGGCUGGUGGAUUUGUUGCACUCCAACGCCAGACACACAAGUUAGAUUACAGGAACCCAUGGGAAGACGAUAAGCUGCACCUCAAGAUGAUUGUGAAUGAACCGAUCCACGCCAGAGACCCACUAUUCGCGGAGAGACAGAAUGAACUCCUAAACAAGUGGAAAUAUCCGGCAAACGAAAUUUCACCCGGUUAUUACAUUAAAGAGGCAAAUCUGGAGGACGUCCGCCAGGCGAUCCUCGCCAACAAACAGAAGCGUUCCAUAUUUGACCUCCAAAAGGCCCUUAGGGAGGCGAAGGAGCACGAAGAAGAGGAACUUCGAAAACGCCGGGAAGCGGAAGAUGCCGAGAUUGCAAAGCGUUUACGAGAAGGCCAUGAGCGGGAGCAGGCUGCUGCGGCCAACGUAGAACAACAGCAGCCGCAGCCUGACGGCGCGCCUGCUGAACCGGCAGGAGCUAUAGAGACAACACAAGAACAGCCCUCAGAAACUGUUGAGCAGGCACAAACCGUUGAACAGCUUAAGAAGGCUUACCGAAAGCUCCGGAAGAUGGGGAAUGCAGAAGACAUAGAAGAGAUGAAGCGCAUCAAAAAGCAAAUAGCUGAACUCACAGGACGCAAGAAGAAGGCGGAAGCUCAUUUGAAAACGGGACGUCGGGAGGCACUAGCCCCCUCACCGGACACUGAGCAACCAACAUGGAAAACAGACGAACAAGUCGAAGACGAAAAAAGAAAAGAGCGAGUCAGGGAAAUGCUGAAAACGCAACAAAGGGGGGCAGCAGGCAUGCUGGCGAAGGUCAUAGAAGGAAGAGGCAUCGAAGUCCCGGAAGAAGAUGAAGACGAGAGUCCGGGAGAGGAGGACGAAGAGGAGAGUCAAGACGAGGAUGAUCAAAGUGCGGACGAAGAAGCAGAUAGCCAAAUCAGCAGCUAUGACGGCACGAUUUCGUCGGGCUCAGUGAGUAGCUACGAGUCCACAGAACAUCCCAUCUUCCAACGUUCCGAAUACUCUGCCUUGGAGUAUCAGGCCGUCCCUGAGUCUCUGCAAGAAUGGUUGAAGCUCCCCGUCGACUACUGCGGCAGGAUGCUUUUAGAGAGCAGCCAAGCGACUACGCUGCAUCCACGCAAGUUUGGGACUCGUGUAUUGCCAGCCAUGCGAAGUAGAGCCAGUGGGCUGAAAGAGCAGAUUCGGAUGUUCCUUAUGUUGGAAGCAAGAGGACCCGUAAUUCUGGUUUACUGUUCACCGGAACAUGUCCCUAAGAAGAGGUUAUUUAAUUUCUCUGCUAUCUGUAGCAAGGCAAAAACUUCUGAGGCAUCUGAAGUGUCCCCCCAAGAGUGGAAAUACCUAUGUGCUGUCGCUUUGGAUAACACUGGAGAAGUACAGGAUGUCGACAUGAUGGGCGGCGGUUCCGCCGCACCAUACAAAGCCAUCAAAAUAAACGCGCGCAUUGUUCAAGAUACAACAGCUCCUCCAUCGGAAGCAGAUUUAGCAUCCUUCACCAGGGAGCAGCUCGCUUUGCGUGAUAAAGCGUAUUUCAGUGGGUUUCUCAGUGCGGACACAGACACCGAAACAGCGGAGUGGCUAACGGUUUUCAAUGGGCGCAAGGCAUUCUAUCGCUAUCUUUCUGCAUGUAUGGAUGCCUCUAAGACACCCAUGCUUCCAGUUGUGGCAAGUCUUUGGAGUCCUGGCCCCAGAGAAAUUGUACUUCAAGGCGUGCCCUAUCACAAGGAAGUAGACAAGGCUAUUUUUGCUUCCUUGAAGGUGUCCUAUUUGGAUUCUUUGUGCUGCGGGUGGAGAGGCAUGGACGCAGAAGGUCUAGAAGCAUCCUUGCAGAACGUUGCAUGCAGAGUGAGAACGCUGGAUCUGACGGCGAACUUGUUUGGCUCCACCGUGCUGGCAUGGCUGGGUUGCCUCUGCAGUAAACUAAGAGUUUCUCACCUUUGCCUUGCAGAGAACAACGUUGCUGGAGAUUCAACGGCAGCCCAGGGUAUUGCAAAUCUCAUGGCAGAACCAGAUCCUGUAUGUCUGGACUUGAGGCGCACAGCCAUUGUGGACGAGGACUGUCAUCUCAUCGCCAGGGAGCUGGAGAACUCCAUGCAGCCGGGCCUCGUGCCCAAGAUGGUUAACGUUGGAGAAAACGAUAUAUCGGUGGAGGGCUUGAAGGCGCUUGCUGCAGCUGUGGUCAAAACACUGCCCCGCUUCAAGGUCCUGUGCCUUCCCAACAUACCUGCACUUGGCACCGAAACACUGCAAAACGUUCUCAAAGAAGUGCCACAGAUGCGAACGGCGCAGCUCUCUAGGGACCAUCCAUGUUUUCCUUUCCGCUCGCUAAACGAAAUGGAAUUGCCAGAAAGGUGCCUGUCGUUGCCUGCCGUAUUUAGCGGUAGGCUGUUUGUCGAAGUCGAUAGGCAUGCCUCGAGCCCUCCCGGGAAGCUGGCAACCACAACUCUUUUUCUGGCAUUCUUUGAGGUCAGGGGCCCAGCUCUUCUGCGGUAUUCCACUCCGCCAAGACCCAAACCAAACGCUGCCACGGCAAGCAAACGCCCACCUGGGGCGCCACUCGGAACCCUUGCUCGUUCUUUUGGGGACGGACUGGAGGGCAUCUUCUUAACGUCUGUUUCAUUAACAGCUUCAAGGCUUACUGUGAAAGGCAAAAAGAUUCUCUCGAGCGACUUGGUAUCCAGGGACAGUUCUGAGACUUGGGUGCUCCAGGGAGAGUCUGAAGAUUACAUACGGGAAUGGUUUAGAGUGCUUAGAAUCAGACAAGCAGGUGUAGCGUGUGACAGCAUUGGGAGGAGUUCCAAUGAGGCGCUCCACCCUGGCGUGGGCCAGUACUGCAGUAGCUGUUUCAGACGAAGCCUUGAACUGGGUGGUCGCCGGUUGGCCCCAGGACAGUUUGCUCGCUUGUUUAAGGCAGUUUCGACAGAUUUCCGUCUCAAAAGUGUCGAUAUGAGCAAUAUGGAAUUGGACGUUGAGGCGUUACAGAACUUCCCAGAAGUUGCUUUCUGCAAAAGUGAACUCACUCUCCUUGAUCUGUCAUUCAACAAUAUAACACCUCAAGGUGACAUGUCCAACGUAAUUGCCUUCUGUGGCAGCGCAAAGAACUGCGCUUGCUUGGUGCUAGACGGAAAUCCGCUCGGAAAUACUGAAGCAACCGCAGGCUUUGUCUUCAAGCUCCUGGAGUGCCGGGUUCAGAAUUUGUGUCUCAAUGCAUGCGGCCUUGGGGAUACAUUUGCUGAAGCCUUGACCAAACAGAUAGCAACUGAACCCAAGCGGUUCCCCUUUAUCACCGCCUUGGAACUCCAAACAAACUCUAUAUCUGUGGACUGCAUGAAAAAUUUGCUGGAUGUCUUAAUAAGUCGCUGUCCUGGUCUGUUGAAGCUCAGUCUUUACGGCAACGGAUUUGAUAAUAUUGGGCCAUUUAUUCGCCGCCUAGCAAUCGAUUACACCAAGACCCAUCGUGACACUCCAACUCGAAAGGUCACUUACUGCCGCCGCCAGGCUAAGAAACCGAAUACUGUCGUCCCACGCAACCCAGAGGCGACUCCGUCUUCAGACAAGUCGGCUCCUGCAGCUGCUCAACCGACAACAGCAAUCAAUUCUGCCCUUCCUCCAGCUAAGGCCGCUACGACGACAAGUCAGGGCUCCACCCCAAAACCUGCUGUUCAAAGCGCUUGA